CACUUUCCCCUCGCGCGUCUCUCCGAGCUGCCUCCUGAGCUCACUCGCGUGGUGCGGACCUCGUGAGCAUUCAUGCGAGUUCUCCUGUUUGUAGUGUGAGUUACGUUUUGGUGUUUACAGUUAAGCUCAUAAAGUUGUCGCUUUUUUUUAUCUGACCUCCAUUCUCUUCUGACCUCCACCCUCCGAUGACAUCUCUCGGCUCACCCUUAUUUGUUGAACCAACUCAGCAGUCAUGUGUCAUUAUCGCAAAAUCUCGUAAACUCUCUAUCAUCAAGUGACAUUUUUGUUGUAUAUUAAAUUGAAGAAGAAAACUACAUUCUCGGACAUAUAAUUAAUCUAAAUGGUCACUCAGCCCAGCUAGAGGACGGACACAAAGUCCAGACUCACUAUGAGCUCGAGAAACCAUCCAUCCAUGCCAUCUGAUAGACACAGAUCAAUACCAUCCACGUCACACGUCAAAUCAAUUCUUGCCAGGACGUCUCAAUCAAGUCAAGGUAGAGAUACACAAACUGCGUACCAUCCAAACAGUUUUAGACUUCCGUUGAACCAACGGCUCUGCCAGGCAACUUCAGGCAGUCACGUAUUGAUUGCAGUCUCAAGAUUGUGAGAGUAUAUUUAUUUCCCUUGCACUAAUGUCCAAGCCAGGUUGUAUCAUUUGAACUCAAGUUAUUUACACAUGCAUUAGUUCAUCUUCCCAUAUCUCCAGCAGCACCCCCACCUUCGCUUUCCUCCGUCUGAGAAUUAUCAUCUCCAGAUACGUGAAAUCCAAUGCGGCCAUGCUCAGACAUAAAGAUAGAUGUAGGAGUUGAGAGGUCAGGGCUCCGGAAGCUAUUAAUAGUGCUGCCGGGAAUCACACACAUUUCUACAGCCGUGUCGGUAUCACCACCUCUCCUUACCCUCUCAGGAUUAUAUCAUCACAUGUUACAUAGAUAAAGACUUCAGAGUCGUCAGAUUUAUGACAUAACCUUGACAUUGAUUUUACUUCCUGUUUCAACACCGCACCUGCCUAUAUGUGUAUUAAAAAGCAGUACCAGCUUCUACUGCGCAAGUCAGUUAAAGUCCAUCUUAAGUUUACAUUACCAGGAGUAGUCAUUUUAACUCCAAAGUUACCAACAUUUACCUAACACACGUUCAACAUUUCCAGGUCACAGAGUACUUCUAGUAAAAUCUCUUGAAAUAAAUGUAUACUCACACAUAAUACAAUGCUUUUUAAAACCUGUACGUAGGUAUAUCAAAUACAAACAUUUUAAUUAACACUAUAUAACUUAUGCAUAUAUCUCAGCACAACAUUUUCUACAUCAAAAAACUAAAGUAAAGUAUGGCAUACGAAGAGGAUUUCAAAUAGAAAGUUCCAUAUAUCAAAAACAAGGUUUUAACACAUUGAUAUAUAGUAAAGAGCAGCUCCCAGUUAAUACUUGUAUUAUAGAAAUAAAGUAAGAAAUAUACUUAUACUCUAACGUCCAUUCUCUCAAAGGCUAUUCUUGGCUUCAGAAAGAGUGACCUCACUAACAUGGGUCUUAGUUGACGUGUGAUCAUGAAAACGUUUAGCUGGCUAGUGCUGAGGUUCCAAAUGGCGACAGACAAAGUUCAAUUCAUGUCCAGCGUGAGGCACGGCGCUCUGGUCACCUGACCUACAUAGCUGAGCAGUCAUGGGUAAGGUCGACAAAGUAAGCAGGUUAGCCGGACAGGUUAUUUUAAUCUGCAAGGUCCUGAUGUUAGUGGCAGACGUGGCCUUCCCACCCCCACAGCUUGUGGAGACAAACACAAAUACCACUGCCCCCAUCAUGGCCGCUAAAAUUGACGGUCACAUCAUCAUCGGCGGGCUGUUUCCCAUCCAUAACAAAGGGGAGAAAGGCUGUGGCGCCAUUAAUGCAGAUAGGGGAAUCGAACGUCUAGAGGCGUUUCUCUUCACGAUUGAUGAAAUAAACAACAGUUCCACGCUCCUUCCGGGCAUAACCUUAGGGGCCUCGGCCUAUGACACCUGCGGUAGGGCGCCGUACGCCCUGGAACAAUCACUCGAGUUUAUUCGGGCCUCCAUCUCCAACUUGGACCCCACCGAGUUCUACUGCAGCGACGGCUCUAAGGCCAACCCCGUCAGCAUCCCUACUGCAGUGGCUGGGGUGGUCGGGGGCUCGUAUAGUACAGUAUCGAUUCAAGUAGCCAAUCUCCUUCGAUUGUUUAAAAUCCCACAAAUCAGCUAUGCCUCGACAUCGGCCUCACUGAGUGACAAAUCGCGGUACGAGUUCUUCGUCCGGACCGUGCCCCCUGACGACUUACAGGCAAAAGCACUCGCAGAUAUUGUGGCGAAAUUCAACUGGUCCUACGUCGCCGCUGUCCACUCGGAGGGCGAAUACGGGGAACCGGGCAUCGACCAGUUUAAAGUGGAGGCCAAGUCUAAAAAUAUCUGUAUCGCGGCCGAUAUCGAGAUCCCGAUCUCAGCGACCAACGCCACCUAUGAACAAGUUCUAAAAGACUUGCAGGAGAAACAUGAAGCCAAAGUGGUCAUUGUCUUCGUCAGAACUGAAGACGCCAUGGGCUUGCUCAACGCGGCCACGCGGCUCAACGUUACCGGCAAGUUCGUCUGGAUUGCCAGUGACGCCUGGGGGAACAGGAACGCCCUGGUGAAAAACAACGCCCUGGCAGCCCAGGGGGCGAUAACCUUAGAACUCCAAUCUUCGCCCAUCACUAAAUUUGAGGAGUACUUUCUAAAUUUAAACCCGCGAACUAAUCGACGCAACCCGUGGUUCGUGGAGUACUGGGAAGAUGAACACAAGUGUGCCUGGAACGACAAGCCCCACGUGACCCCCUACUCGGCCGGGGGCCCACCGCAGUACCAGCCGACCCGGCCGUGUCAGGGUGACGAGAGGCUGACUCGCAAGUUGACCUCUCAAGAGAGUAAGACCCAGUUUAUCUAUGACGCCGUGUACGCCUUCGCUCACUCGUUGGACAGAAUGCAGAGGGACUUGUGCCCUGGCAUCAGGGGCGUAUGCUCCAAAAUGAAAAAGAUAGACGGAGAGAAAUUGUUGAGAGAUUAUCUGCUGAACAUCUCCUUUGAUAAUGGUUAUGGAGCUACUGUGAAAUUUGAUGAAAGAGGUGACGCCCCUGGACGAUACAUGAUUAUGAACUUUCGGCGAAACCGUCGUACACGAGAAUACGAAUAUCACGUGGUAGGCACGUGGAGCGGUGAGCUGAACCUCAACCAAUCAGAUAUCGUUUGGGCCGGAGAGACGCAGGAUGUGCCUCGGUCACGCUGCAGCGAGCCCUGUCAGGAGGGCGAGAUCAAAUACAACCAAAAGGGAGAGCAGUGCUGCUGGAUCUGCACUCGCUGCAACCCUUGGGAGUACAUCCAGAACGAGAAAACAUGCGAGUCCUGCGAGGCCGGAUACUGGCCAUACCCCAACAAGACCGGCUGCUUCGCACUGGAGGUGCAGUACAUGACCUGGAGUAGCAUCUACGCCGUCAUUCCCAUGGUGCUUGCCACCGUCGGCAUCAUCUGCACCCUCUUCGUCAUCUGUCUCUUCGUUAUGUUUAACGGCACCCCAGUAGUCAUGGCCUCGGGCAGAGAGCUGAGCUAUAUGCUGCUUGGGGGCUGCGUCUUUUGUUUCUUUAUGACCUUUAUGAUCGUGGCGCCACCGUCCACUAUCAUGUGCUCCAUCCAGAGGUUUGGGGUGGGCUUCGGCUUCAGCAUCGUCUACUCCUCGCUGCUCAUCAAGACAAACAGAAUCUCCAGGAUAUUCGAGAGCGCGAGGCGUUCGGCCAAGCGGCCGCCUUUCAUCAGCCCCAAAUCUCAGAUAGUAAUGACUUGUAUCCUUAUAUUUAUUCAGGUAUUGUUCACAUUCGUCUGGUUGCUCUUGGAGCCGCCAGGGACGAGGCUGGUGUACCCGGACUCUAGAGAGCCAGUGGUCAUCCGGAAGUGUAAGAGUGACGACAUCUCCUUCCUGGUGAGCCUUGUGUACAACAUGCUGCUCAUCAUUAUCUGUACGGUGUACGCCGUCAAGACCAGGAAGAUUCCAGAAAACUUUAACGAGUCCAAGUUUAUUGGCUUCUCAAUGUACACAACCUGCAUCAUCUGGCUCGCCUUCGUGCCUAUCUACUUUGGUACUUUACAUUCGUUUAGGAUACAAAUUACAACACUGUGUGUGUCAAUCAGUCUGAGUGCUAGUGUGGCCCUACUGUGCCUAUUCCUACCCAAAGUGUAUAUAAUUGUCUUCCAGCCUCAGAAGAAUGUCCGGAAGUUGACUAUGAACUCUGCCAGCUACAAAAUGGCCCCCACGGCGUCCACAGCAAUGGGGAACAAUCAUAGCGGUAAUGAAGUUGUGAGUUCCGAGCACCUGAGACUGAAUGUCCAGCCAAGGUCAGCGGCGGCGGCAGGAGCGACAACGGAGACAGAGACGGAUGACAGGGAUUCUUUAGCCUCACUGUGAAAACGACACUGAGACUUUCCAGCUGAGACAUUCAGCGUCGGAUAAAGCGCCCCGCAUUAGGCGUUUACAUCAUGCUGUCAAGGAACAGAUAAAUGGGAUUCUUCUAGAGCGAUAUCACCAGACACUAUCACCAGACGGCAGCAGAAAAUGACCCUGCAGUCUGCAGGACAAUAUGUGAUAACAGCUCUCCGAACUAUGAAUAAAGGCGUUCUGAUCGCCAAACGUGGAACUUAGGCUCUGAAACACAAAAGUAAUAUCCAGUGAAAUAGUCAGACGUAGCUUACAUUUGUUUCACAUUCUGACCUAAACGUGACAGGAAACCAACUGGUGAGGCCAAAACGUGACAGGAAACCAACUGGUGAGGCCAAAACGUGACUGGAAACCAACUGGUAAGGCCAAAACGUGACAGGAAACCAAAUGGUGAGGCCAAAACGUGACAGGAAACCAACUGGUAAGGCCAAAGAAACAAAAUCACACAGUAAGAGUUAAGUAUUUCAAACACUGUUCAUUGACUUCCGUUUUAAAAUUACCUGGUCUCGGUCUAGUCUUAAAUUUUCCGUUAAAAAAAUCUACUCCUGUGUGUCCGUGAUCAAAAGAAUCUACUCCUGUGUGUCCGUGACCAAAAGAAUCUACUCCAGUGUGUCCAUGAUCAAAAGAAUCUACUCCUGUGUGUCCAUGAUCAAAAGAAUCUACUCCAGUGUGUCCAUGACCAAAAGAAUCUACUCCUGUGUGUCCGUGACCAAAAGAAUCUACUCCUGUGUGUCCAUGACCAAAAGAAUCUACUCCUGUGUGUCCAUGAUCAAAAGAAUCUACUCCUGUGUGUCCGUGAUCAAAAGAAUAUACUCCAGUGUGUCCGUGACCAAAAGAAUCUACUCCAGUGUGUCCAUGAUCAAAAGAAUCUACUCCUGUGUGUCCGUGACCAAAAGAAUCUACUCCUGUAUGUCCGUGGUCAAAAGAAUCUACUCCUGUGUGUCCAUGAUCAAAAAAAUCUACUCCAGUGUGUCCAUGACCAAAAGAAUCUACUCCAGUGUGUCCAUGACCAAAAGAAUCUACUCCUGUGUGUCCAUGACCAAAAGAAUCUACUCCUGUGUGUCCGUGGUCAAAAGUAUCUACUCCUGUGUAUCCAUGACCAAAAGAAUCUACUCCUGUGUGUCCGUGGUCAAAAGAAUCUACUCCAGUGUGUCCAUGACCAAAAGAAUCUACUCCUGUGUGUCCAUGACCAAAAGAAUCUACUCCUGUGUGUCCAUGAUCAAAAGAAUCUACUCCAGUGUGUCCGUGACCAAAAGAAUCUACUCCAGUGUGUCCAGGACCAAAAGAAUCUACUCCUGUGUGUCCAUGACCAAAAGAACCUACUCCUGUGUGUCCAUGGUCAAAAGAAUCUACUCCAGUGUGUCCGUGACCAAAAGAAUCUACUCCUGUGUGUCCAUGAUCAAAAGAAUUUACUCCAGUGUGUCCAUGACCAAAAGAAUCUACUCCUGUGUGUUGUGUCCGUGACCAAAAGAAUCUAAUCCUGUGUGUCCGUGACGAAAAGAAUCUACUCCUGUGUGUCCGUGACGAAAAGAAUCUACUCCUGUGUGUCCGUGACGAAAAGAAUCGUUCCAGUAGGAAGCUGCCUUGUUAGUAAGUCUCUUGAAAGACAAAACAGAGAACUUAUCACACAAACUUGAUAUUGUCAUUCUAUUAAACAUCGACUGUUUAUUACUAUUAAUUGAAUCAAAACGUUUAAAUUAAGUAUAGCGUGAACAGAGGAGGCAUGAAAGAGGAUUGAAAGAUAUUUUAGAAUUUAAAAUCCUUAUUUCAUUAUAUUUUGAGUUGUACUGGCUUGAACAUUGACACUAUUUAUACAGUUUGGUUACCUGAAAUGUUCAAAGGAACUAGAGCAGCGUGGACAUAUGUUUCUGUACAAAGAACAAUGUUAUAUUUCUAUUAUCAAUCAUUUCUUUGCUCUAGCCAGUCUGUACAACACUCUACAUAAGAGUCAUCUGAAAGUUAAUUGUCGCCCAUCAUAUUUUUAUGUUAUAUUUUUGUAAUGAACAUUUUGCGUUAUUUUAUGAGGGCUUUUUUUUUAAAUCUGUUCUCUAAGUGAUGUCACAUGACCUGGCGUCGUGUCGAGAUAUUUAAUGUGAAAAUAGUCUUGCUUAAAACCAAAUGAGCCCAAGUAGAUGGCUGUACAGUAGUGUGCGGUGUAGUAGAAGACUCAGUGCCCAAUUAGAUGGCUGUACAGUAGUGUGCGGUGUAGUAGAAGACUCAGUGCCCAAGUAGAUGGCUGUACAGUAGUGUGCGGUGUAGUAGAAGACUCAGUGCCCAAGUAGAUGGCUGUACAGUAGUGUGCGGUGUAGUAGAAGACUCAGUGCCCAAGUAGAUGGCUGUACAGUAGUGUGCGGUGUAGUAGAAGACUCAGUGCCCAAGUAGAUGGCUGUACAGUAGUGUGCGGUGUAGUAGAAGACUCAGUGCCCAAGUAGAUGGCUGUACAGUAGUGUGCGGUGUAGUAGAAGACUCAGUGCCCAAGUAGAUGGCUGUACAGUAGUGUGCGGUGUAGUAGAAGACUCAGUGCCCAAGUAGAUGGCUGUACAGUAGUGUGCGGUGUAGUAGAAGACUCAGUGCCCAAGUAGAUGGCUGUACAGUAGUGUGCGGUGUAGUAAAAGACUCAGUGCCCAAGUAGAUGGCUGUACAGUAGUGUGCGGUGUAGUAGAAGACUCAGUGCCCAAGUAGAUGGCUGUACAGUAGUGUGCGGUGUAGUAGAAGACUCAGUGCCCAAGUAGAUGGCUGUACAGUAGUGUGCGGUGUAGAAGAAGAAGUGCACCGAUACAAAAGUUUACAAAGUAUUCCACAAAGGUAUUAGAGCACCCUCCUUCUCCCACGUUUGUCUACACUAUGUUUGGUUUAUUUCUGUGACACAAUGUGAAAGAAGUUCAAUUGUAGUUUAGUUUAGGAUUGCUUUUGACUAGCGCACCUCAAUCUUGCUCGUAUUGAUUGCUUUUUUUGGUGUGCAGGGGAAUGUUUCGGUGCUGCCUUAAGGCGCC